AUGGCCUUGUUGAUGAGUUUGGCAUGUUGUCAUCUUGGACAACAGAAGAUUGCUGCGAAUGGUAUGGAAUUGGUUGCAGCAACCUCACUGGUCAUGUACUUAUGCUCAACCUUCAUGGUGAUUAUAAUAAUUACUAUAUCAGAGUUGCAACAAUUACAAUAUUUGAACUUCAGUAGAAUUAAUUUUGAAGGCAAUUCUAUACCAGGUUUCUUUGGAUCUUUAAGAAACCUAAGAUACCUUGAUCUUUCAAUUUGCAAUCUUGGAGGACAAAUUCCUAUUCAAUUGGAGUCUCUUUCACAUUUGAAAUACUUGGAUCUUUCCAACAAUCAUCUAGAUGGUGUGAUUCCUCAUCGACUUGGAGAUCUCUCCAACUUGCAAUUUCUUGAUCUCAACACCAAUGAUUUGGAUGGAAGCAUUCCAUCUCAACUUGGAAAUCUCUCCAACUUGCAAUUUCUUGAUCUCAGCCACAACAUUGGUUUGGAAGGAAGAAUUCCAUCUCAACUUGGAAAGCUUACAAACCUACAAGAGCUUUAUCUUGAAGGAGGAUACGUUUUUAGAUUUCUAACAGUUGACAACGACGAACCCAGUGGAGGUCAGUGGUUGUCUAAUCUUAAUUCUUUAACCCAUCUUCACAUGUCGUCGAUAUCUAAUCUUAAUAAAUCUAAUAGUUGGUUGCAAAUGGUUGGUAAGUUACCAAAACUGAGAGAACUAAGUUUAAGAGAUUGUGGCCUUUCUGAUCAUUUUAUCCAUUCAUUGAGUCAAUCCAAGUUCAACUUUUCCACUUCUCUUUCUAUCCUUGAUCUCUCCGAUAACAACUUUGCAUCAUCCUUGAUAUUCCAUUGGGUGUCAAACAUAAGUGCUAAUCUUGUUGAGCUUGACCUUAUUGGUAAUCAAAUGGUGGAUCUCCCAUCAAAUAGUAUUUCCUGUAGUCUUCCAAAAAUGAGAAAAUUAAGAUUAUCUUAUAACAAGUUCAUAUCAUUCAUGAUAUUUCAGUGGGUGUCAAACAUGAGUUCCAAUCUUAUUGAGCUUGACCUUUCUAACAACCUUUUGGAGGUUCUUCCAUCAUAUGGUUAUGGCAUAGUGAUGAAGUCCCUUCAGGUACUUGACCUAUCAAAUAAUAAAUUGAAGGGCGUGGCAUUUAAAUCCUUCAUGAAUUUAUGUGCCUUACGUUCUUUAGAUAUUGAAGAAAACAAUUUCACAGAAGACCUUCAAUUAAUUUUUCACUAUUUGUCUAGUACUUGUGUUAGAAACUCACUUCAAGUGUUAGACCUCCGUUCUAAUGGAAUCACUGGAACUAUACCCGACCUUUCUAUAUUCACAUCAUUGCAAACAUUGGAUCUUUCUUAUAAUAAGUUGAGUGGAAAGAUUCCUGAAGGUAGUAGAUUGCCAUUUCAGUUGGAAUAUUUAUCCGUCCAAUCAAACACUUUAGAAGGGGAAAUUCCAAAAUCAUUUUGGAUGAAUGCAUGUAAGUUGAAAUCAUUGAAAAUGUCCAAUAACAGUUUCAGUGGUGAGCUUCAAGUAUUAAUCCAUCACUUAUCUAGAUGUGCUAGAUACUCACUCCAAGAAUUAUAUCUAAGCAGUAAUAAAAUCAAUGGCACACUACCUGAUCUCUCAAUAUUCUCAUUUUUGGAAAUAUUUCAUAUUUCUGAAAAUAAAAUUAAUGGUGUGAUUUCAGACUUCCAUUUUGCUGACACAAAAACACAUUCACAAUCUUGA